CGUAAAGGACGGGAGCCUGUUGGAAGAAUGGCGGGGAUUCCAAGUCCGAAUUCCGUUCCAAUCCGUCGGCAACCACUCACAUCUCUCUUUUUCCUCGGUGGCCGGCCUGAUAAUGCGCCCACGAAAAUGUCUCCGGCGCCAGCGAGAGCCUGGCUCAGCUGCUUUUGAUUGUUAGAUAUAUAGAGUACUUACGUCAGUGAGGUCUUCCUCGUCAUCUAAUAAAAGAAACGAAACGAACUCAAGUCAAGAUGCCUGGCGGCGUAAAUGACAUCACGAAUUUCAAUCCCAAGACAGAUGUGCCAGACCUCUCCGGCAAGGUCAUCCUCGUCACAGGAGGCACUGCCGGCGUAGGAGCUGGAACCGUCGUCGAGCUCGCACGCCACAACCCAGCGCAUCUGGUCUUCACGGGGCGCAAUGCCAAGUCAGCAGAGGCUACUAUUGCCAGCGCACGCUCUGCCGGGCCCGGCGUCCGCGCGACCUUCGUGGAAUGCGACUUCGCCAACCUCGCCUCCGUGAAGACCGCCGCCGAGAAGAUUCUCGCCAACCUGGACCGUCUUGAUGUCCUUGUCUGUAACGCCGGCAUCAUGGCUAAGCCCGCUGCGCUGUCCAAGGACGGUUAUGAAAUUCAUUUCGCCACCAAUCACCUCGGCCACGCUCUCCUGAACUUGAAGCUCCUCCCCCUCAUGGAAAAGACAGCAGAGCUCCCUGGCGCCGACGUCCGCAUUCUCAUGGUCACGAGCACCGCCUCGCGCGGGACCCCUCCGGGCGGCAUCGUCUUCGACAAGCUCAAGACGACGCAAGAGAUGCUGUUUGGCCGGUGGCUGCGGUACGGCCAGAGCAAGCUCGCCAACCUGAUCUGGGCGCGCGAGCUGGCCAAGCGGUAUCCCAAGAUCCUGUCGUGUAGUGUUACACCAGGCAUUGUGAUGACGACUCUGGUGACGGACCUGAGAUUUAUGGAUAAACUGUGGGUGUAUCCAUUUACCAUCGGCCAAAAGUUGACCCCGGAGCAAGGCACGUACAACCUCCUGUGGGCGAUUGGCGCGCCGAGGGACGGUAUCAAGCGAGGCGCUUUCUACGAACCCGUUGGCCAUCUUUCUCCGAUGGAGACUCGGGCCAGCAGGGACUCCGAGCUGGGGGAUAAGCUGUGGAAAUGGACUAAUGAGGAGCUGAAGCCAUUUAUGUGAUGAAUCAUGGUGGGUGUUGUUACGGGCCAUGAUAUCCCAAACUGGAACCUGGCAGGCAGCAGUUCUCAACUUCGGCCAGAUCAUUGAAUGUCGUCUCAUUUCCGUAACCACAAGGUCGUUAUUAUGUAUAUAUGUACAAUACGCAAAUUAUUUUGAAAUCAUGUAUCACACACCGGUUUCGAUAUGAUAUAGUACUCCACAAUAGCAGCUGGCUACUGGU